GUUACAACUUCACAGUAGAUACAUAAAGCUAAACUUUGCUGUCGGUGUCUUCCAAAGACAAUCUUUUUUGUUGCAAAACAAGAUGAACACCGAAGAAAAAGACCCCAGCUUUGUGACAUGGACUAAAUUGUGCCGGUUGUUCCCUAUUUUGAUGGGAGAGAAACCUAAGACGCUUGCAAGCGAGGAAGAGGUGGCAGAAGCAGUGAGUUAUUUUAAGGCCGUCGGACAAACCAACCAGUGCUGCAAGCUCGUGUGGGCUGAAAUUGAAGCGAUCAUCCUUCACCAGAUUGCGCCGAGAUUCUGGGAAAUAUUCACAGCAGUGCCAGAGAGCGAAAAAGCUGCGUUCGAUGCAUUCCACUCAGCGAUCACACUCCUGUUCAAAAAGUUGAUGCUUUUUGAGAGCACAGUCAAGACGCUGAGUCUGCUGGAGCCUAACUCUGGGGGGAAAUUUGAAUCGAUUGUCCAAGGAGUGUUGCUGGCAAAAGCGCCGUAUAACCAUCAGAGAGUAGUUAAAAUGUUCUUUGGCUUGUCCUUCAAAGUCUUCUGUCAUUCUGAAAACACGCACGAUGAUUCAUUGGAAGAGUUCAUAUGCCAGGGUUGCAGCCAGGAGUCCGAGCAGUGUAUGUGCAAGGAGAUAUUGAAGAAAUUCUCGGAGGCAAACAACCAUUUGGUGAGACUCGGUCUGAUGGAAAGGCUUGCUGGGGAACAGCUCAGAGAACUCCUGCAAAUGCGAAUCAAAAGUUAUGUGCAAGAACUGUGCAAAGGAAGCUUUUCCUCUCACCUGGCAGAGCUAGAAUCGUGGUUGGAAACUGUUGUGAUGGCUUGGCUGAAUAGCGUGUAUGAAGAGCAGGAUGAUGUUGCUCAUUCUUUAGUUCUGGAAUUGUCGAUUGUCAAACUGCGACACUUUCUGUAUGAAACCUACACAAAAAUCAGAGUGGAAGAGUUCUUCAACAUUAUCAUUGAAUUUCCUGAGUCUCAACCCGCGCUGGUUGAUUUACGGAUUUGCCUGCAGAAGACUGACAUGCGCUUGUACCUCACAACAAAGUUGCAGAACUCAUUAGAGGUUCGUCUUCUUCAUCCAGGCGCCAAUACUGUCGACAUUUUGAUAACCUAUGUGGCUGCUAUCCGAGCUCUGCGGCUUUUGGACCCAUCUGGGGUUCUGCUUGACACAGUCACCACCCCCAUUCGACAAUACUUGCGUCAGAGGGAAGACACAGUUCGAUGCGUUGUUACAAAUUUAACUGAGGAGGGUCCUAGUGAACUCGCUGAAGAGCUAGCCAAAGGAAAUGCAUUGGAUGAAGCAGUCGAUUCCGAUGACGACAUGGAGGACUGGACAUAUUGGCAGCCGCCUCCAGUUGAUGCUGAUCCAACUGAUUCUGGACAAAGCAAACGGUCAUCUGAUAUCAUUUCCAUGUUGGUCAGUGUUUACGGCAGCAAAGAGUUGUUUGUUAACGAGUACAGGAUCCUUCUUGCUGAUCGUUUGCUCUCUCAAUUUAAUUGCAACACUGACAAAGAAAUCAGAUAUCUGGAACUGUUGAAGCGGAGGUUUGGAGAUUCUCAGUUGCAUUAUUGUGAGGUGAUGCUGAAAGACGUGCAGGAUUCAAAACGAAUGAACUCCCAUCUACAUUCCUGUCCUGACGUGACAAUGUGUUCAAAAGAUUUUCCUUGCACCGCCAUAAUACUGUCUGCACAAUUCUGGCCGCCAUUCAAAGAGGAAAAUUUGGAGGUGCCACCAAUUGUGAAGGAGCAUUUAGAUGAUUACACCAAAGCGUUUGAAGCUCUCAAGGGUAAUCGAACUUUGUCCUGGAAGCCGCACCUGGGAUAUGUAAACCUUGAUAUCGAGCUGAAGGACAGAACAUUGAACCUAACUGUGUCUCCCAUACACGCAACUAUUAUUUGGCACUUCCAGGAAAAACCGCAGUGGACUAUAGAGGAUCUCAGCCAGGUGAUGCAGAUUUCUGGCACUCUGCUGCGGCGCAAAAUCUCAUAUUGGCAAAGCCAGGGUAUUUUGAGGGAGCAGAGUCCCGAUGUGUUCGUUCUGAUGGAAGAAGGCGCGGCCAGGGCUGGGUCGACCGGUCGCUCCGCGGACCAUGUCGCCUGCGAAGAUGAGGAAAUGGAGAGUGCGCUUGCCUCGGCUCACGAGCAGCGGGAAGGUGAACUUCAAGUGUUUUGGUCGUACAUUGUUGGUAUGUUGACCAAUCUGGACUCAAUGCCCUUGGAGAGGAUUCACCAAAUGCUCAGAAUGUUCGCCUCUCAGGGCCCGACGGCUGUCGAGUGCAGCCAGCAGGAACUGAGGCACUUUUUAGACAGAAAAGUGAGAGAGCACCAACUGCUCUUUAGCGGAGGUCUUUACAAGUUGCCUAAACCCUAACCUUUAAUUUUUGCUUAUAAAUGCGCUUAUAUUUCAAAUAAAUAAAAUACAAAACUCAAAACAAGA